ACGAAAGCAUGUCUCAUAAGUAUUUUUUAUUGCAAGAGACGGAAAAUUUUACUAAGUGAAUUUAAUAAGUUGUCUAUGGAUACUAGAUAGUUUGACAUUUACAAAAAUAUAUGAAAGUGUAUAAAUAUCAAAUAUCGAUUAUUUUGAUGUGAGCCGAAUCACGUCUGAAUAAUUUCUAACAACUACACAAUAUGGCGCUGAUCAUGGACGCCGUAGGAGGAUUGCUGUCUGAAAAUGGAUUGAAAAUAUGUCAGUUGUGGUAGUUUAUUAAUAAAUUAAAUUUUCUGAAAUGAAGUUAUACAUUCAGUCAUUGAGAUAAUUUUGUAUACAUCUAUUUUAAUGAAUAAGAAGUAAUUUUUGUGACAACAGAGACAACUAAUAACGUUGCAGAUGAUGUUUAAAUAGGAGGAAUUAUGUGUAACCUCCUAACAUCAGCCAUGGAGACUAAAGUAACUAGUAAGACUAGUAGUUUGAAAGCUCUUUUGCUACGUGCAUGGAGGGAACGUUGGAGUGAUUUACAAUGGGGUAUUAAUAUCAAAACUAUUUUACCAAGAGGUGUUAGCGGAGAUGUAUAUAAUUUAGCAGACUGUAUAUUACAGCAGGCACUAGUAGGACUUGGACCAAAUCAAUUAGUACUUUCAUAUUUGAAACAUUCUUUAAGUUCUCAGUUGGUCUCCUACGCGGCUGUGUUACAACGAAUAAGUAAAUACGAUGCCUUUCACAAGCCCCAUUGUAUCUUAAGCCUUCUAGAAUUUUUAGAGUCUAUUCAAGUAGGAAUAACGUGCCGUGGUAAACCAGAGGAGGAUCUUUUGGCUGCUGCAGUAUUAUCCAUAGUACAUUGGUUGUUACAGUGUUAUUUGCAUACUUUGACAAAAAUGCCACAAAACAAUCCAUUGACACCACAACCAACAGAAUUGAUGGACAAACCAGCCAGUAUAUUGAAGCAGAUGCUUAGCUCUGAUUUCCUUUGUGCUAUGAUGUAUUUAGCCAAGUAUGAUGACAAAGAUUUGUAUAUAGAGGUUGUAAAAAAGUGUCAAGAGAUUGAAGCACUGUUAAAAACUAGUAGUCUCAAGUCUUCUGUUCCUAUAGAGGAAUCUCUAAAAAAAUUGUGCAAUUUGGAAGUUGACUGUGUAACACUAUCUCCUGAAAUGUCACAAAUGGAAUCUAUAACUCAUUGCCUGCAACCUUUGUUUGCAGUGCAGGUGUUGCUAAACCCUAGUACAGAGACGUCCGUAUUCGUUAAUCAAAUGCUUAUGGUCCAAAGACUUAAAAAUUAUACAAACGCGAGACUGUAUUGUGAGAUAAUUCGUGCGUGUUUAAUGUGUCUGCACAAUGUUACUAGCACGUUUAAAGAAUCGCAAUGGGGCGCUUUCACUUUUCUAAAAGUGCCCCUUAUUUUGAAGGAAUUACACGUGGCGCACACGAAUGGAGACGAUAAAUUGGAAUAUUCACAAGAUAUUCUAGACGCCUUCGAAUUACUACUCCAAUUUACUCCGCUUCUCGACAUAGUGGACACUGCAUGUUCUUGUAACAGCAUAGAGUGUUUGUUAAAUGCCCUGCAGAAAGUCAACUUGGUUACAGAAAAGCUAACGAAACAAUUAAGUGGCAGAAGGGAAGGCGUUACCGCGACGUUACAGAAAUUAGAAUCGUCCACGUCCACGCCCUCCAUUCCUAAAGUAAUCGUACGUGCGGAGCCAACUUUAUCUGGAAUUUUGAAAACCCUCAACGCAGAUUAUACAAAAAUUCACGAGGCGCUACUUAGUAUGUUAUACCAAGUUUUGACUGGGAAGAGCUUCGAAUUGAUGCUGGCGGUAGCUACCGUUGAAGGAAAAUUGAAAACUUUUGUUACCAAAUUAAUUAAGUUCAAUGAAUGCAGCAAGCAAAUAAGUGAACCUGUUCCACCAAAGACUGCAGCAACUAGAGCGAUGUUGUUCGAUAUAUCGUUCCUUAUGUUGUGUUCUAUAGUGCAAACUUAUGGAUCUGAUGCUGUUUUAGAGGAAGGAGAAGGAGACUCCUUUUUCGAACAGUGGGUACGUGAGUGUAUGCCCGAACGAAACCAACCAAAGUCGCCCCAAAAAAUGUUGCAGAAUAUCGACCCUGCAAGGGUGGAUGCGUUGUUAGCGCAAAUCAAUUCUCCAGAAACGGAUUUGAAAUCUAGUAAUAUAAAGUGGCAUAUUGCGUGUCAAUCGGCUAUGGGGGCUGUGAAAGAGCUUCUUUGUGCGUGGGAGAGCGACGUACUUGGAGCUAGUGACGUUAAAAGAGCUCUAGAUGGUUUGCGUGCAACUGCUUGUUGUUUACCAGUUUGUGCAGCGGCUUGGCUUUGUGCAUAUAUGAGUAUUACUCACCAAGAUGCACUCUUGAAACCUCUGAACAUGGUACAGCAUUUCUUAACUCCGCUUCCUGGAGAUGAAAUGCAGGAAAAUCUUAAGGAGCGAUCAAGUUUAAUGUCACAAAUCAUUCGUAAAAUGCAAUAUGAUGUUCAUCCCCCUACACAAUCGAAAACGAAAGUGCUUUCAAUGUCUCAUAGUAUUAUAUCAAGGCAACCUAUAUUGGAGCAAUUAGAAACUGUGUGGGGGAAUAUAAAUCAGCGAGGAUGGAUAAAUAUCCAGGCAACACAAUCUUUGGAAUCUUUGUUAAAUACUGGUGGCUCCUUAUGGUUCGUGACGAAUAUCGUGAAAGAAGUAUUGAAAUAUCGUUAUCAAGAGGAGUUGGACCAAGCAGUAGAUUUAGCGUUCGCCAUUUUUCAUCUCGACAUCGAGAACUGUACCUUAGAUCUCAUUAACCAUAUCAUUCCACAAUAUUUAUAUAACUCUUUACAGAGCGAAGAACUUGUAGAACCACAAUCCUCAGUGUUAGCGAAAUUAUGCGUGUACUGUAUAUUUUCUACGUUAGAAUACAACAAUUCGAAUCCUUCUCGUGGGAACAGUAAAAAACGAGUCCGUCGAGACCUAGACGCAGAUGAACUGGACGCUCUUGGCGUGCCAGCAAACAAAAUUUUAAGAUUAAAUGAGACAGGAGAUUCUAAACCUAUAUUCGGUUCGCAAAGUCCGCAAGCUCAGGGUUCUACUAAUGGUCAAAAAUCGGUUGUGUUGAGGGACCCUCUUCUCUCAGCGUUAAAUGCAUUGUUCACGAUAUUCACGUUUCUAGCUGGCAGAGAUGGUGAAGUAUCUCAGCAGACUCAUUUUAUACUUCAAUUUUUACGUCUGAUGGUACAAUGUGGAAAAGAUAGAACACGUAUCGUGUUACAGGGAAUGCCACAAACAUUGGUACCUUGCCUUCUGAAGGCAUUGCCCGAAUUGUUCACGACUGAUAUUCUGCUAAGGUUUUAUGAUAUUCAAACAGCAGUUGGGAGAAAAGCAACUGCUCGUGAUUUAUGUAUGCUGAGAAAUAUCAAUCUGAAACCCUCAAAAUAAUCUUAAGAUAGUGAGAUAUCAAUUGUAUAAUUAUUUUCAAAUACAUGAAUUUAAUAGGAA